UUUCCUUGGUCUUCUUGAUGCUGUUUGUUCACUGUCGCUCUCCUACAAACCUCCAAGGCCUUCAAAGGACAGCGCUAUUUAUAAUGAGAUUGAACUAUACACAAGUUAACUAAUUAUGUGACUUCUGAAGACAGUUGGUUGCACUAGAUUUAUUCAGGGGUAGGAGACUGGAAGGGAUGGAUACAUAUGCAUGCCACACUUUUCAGAAAGCAUGUCUCAUUUCCUUUCCUCUUCACAGUUGGGAACUAAUUUCUGUACAUUUAUCCCACAAAAUCCCAUUAAAAUACAUUGAAAUUUGCAGCUGUUAUAUGACAAAAACACAAACAUUUCAAGCCUUGUAAAAACUUUUACAAUACACUGUAUUGUUUUUUAGAGACUUGUUGACCAAAACAUCCAGUAGCUCAUAUACGUUCUUAUACAAGUUCACAUUAAAUAUUGUUUUUAGUUCAUGGCUUCAACUUUCAGAGCUGAUAUUUUAGACAGGAGCUUUCCUUUGCAGCACAUAAAUAGGAAAACAACCCCUGCACACACAUUAGCUUACUUAUCAGGGCUCAGUGAAUUAUAUCGUGUGGGCCUCUCUAAGUAGGCUAGGCAAACAUCCCAUUCGGCCGAAGCUGCACUUUCUACCUGUUGGAGCAGGUUUCAGUUUGCAGCGCAUAUUCCAAACCUGUAUGCAAAGGGGGCCCAAACACUUUAACGCUGCAGGAUGGGUCUCUUCCUCUGAGCAGCAGCAGCUCCUCGCCGGGGUUAAAGAAUGAAGAACAUCAGGACUCUCUUCCUCAUCCUCUCCGUAGUUCUCUACCUGCUGGUCGGAGCCGCCGUGUUCGACGCGCUGGAGACGGAAAGCGAAAGCUCCAGGAAAAAGGCUCUGGAGCAGAAACUGAGCGAGCUGAAGAGAAAGUACGGCUUCAUGGAGGAGGACUACCAGGAGAUAGAGAGAGUCAUCCUCCAGUCGGAGCCGCACCGCGGUGGGCAGCAGUGGAAGUUCACCGGCUCUUUUUAUUUUGCCAUCACUGUCAUCACCACGAUAGGUUACGGCCAUGUCGUUCCUCGCACUGAUGCUGGCAAGACCUUCUGCAUGUUUUAUGCAGUCUUGGGAAUACCUCUGACUCUGGUCAUGUUCCAAAGCCUGGGCGAGAGGAUCAACACUUUAGUCCGGUACCUCUUGCGCAGGGCCAAGCAGGGCCUUGGCUUCAGGAAGACGGAGGUAUCCAUGGGAAACAUGGUGUUGGUGGGCCUGCUGUGCUGCGUGAGCACCCUGUGCAUUGGAGCUGCAGCCUUCUCCCACUUCGAGGACUGGACAUUCUUUAAUGCCUACUACUACUGUUUUGUCACGCUCACCACCAUCGGCUUUGGGGAUUUUGUUGCCCUGAAGAAGAAAGACAACCUCCAGAAACGACCGCCCUAUGUGGCCUUUUGCUUUGUGUACAUUUUGGUUGGAUUGGCAGUCACUGGAGCUUUUCUCAACCUGGUGGUGUUGAGAUUUCUCACUGUGAGUUCUGAUUUGAGUGCUAAUAAAAGAGCAGAAGAGCAGAUUUUAGAGCCCAAGGAGGUGCAGGGGGAGGUGGAGGCACCGGAUGCUGCAGAAGCAGAAACAGCCGAUAUAAGACGUAAAGCUGGUGCAGAAGGAAGAAGCAGUCGGUUCAACCUCAGCCUUCCAGUGGAGGUGGGUGGCAGCUGUAGGAGUCUGGUCUCCCCUGCGGACGACCUCAGACUCAUUGAAUGUGAGCGUUCUGAGCUUCCUGAGCCCAGCAGACUCAGGGACCUGUUCUCCUGCAUGUGCUGUGGGCUGGAUGUUUGUGGCAGCACCUCUGAACUGCAGCACGAAUACACAUGUGGCCACAGCAACCCUGUCUUUCACACCUCCAUCUCCUACAAGGUGGACCAAGUCUCCUGCAGCUCCCACACUGUUUCAUCACAUGCUCCCCCCAGCGCUGUUGCUCUCUGUUGGGAGAAGAACAAUCUUCAUGCCAGACGGAAGUCACUCUGACACAGGAACCUUUUGAAGUAUUCACAACAGAACAGAUUAAACCAUCAAUGAAGAGACCAAGAAUCAGAUUUCUUUUCCUUUGAAUGUUACGCGAAAUGACCUAAGUUAUAUUUUUUUACACUGAAGAGUUGAAAAGUCACUUUACAGAUUUUGUUUGCUUUUCUUUUCUUUUCAAAUAAUCAUUUCAUUUGCUAAAGAAAAUAAUCUAAAACAAUCUGGCCUGAAGUGAAAAAGUGCCCACUAAUCGUAAUAACUGGUUGUGCUACCCUUAGCUGAGUCUUUUAAAUCACCGUUGAGGAAUUUUGGUCCACACUUUGAGAAAACUUUGGGUCCAGCCACAUUGGCGGGUUUCUACCAUAAACGAUUUAAGCCUGAACUUUGACCAAGUUACUCCAAAACCUUCAUUUUUAUUAGUCUUUAUGAAGUGGGAUUUGCUAGUGUGCUUUGGAUCAUUGCCCUGCUGCAUAACCCAAAUACAUUGGAGCUCAAGCGUCUUUUAGGAUUUUAUGCUAAAGAGCAGAAUUCUUGGUUCUUGGUCCUGAAGCAGCAAAGAAGCCCAAGACCAUCACUCUACCAUCACCAGUUUUGACUGUCAGCAUGAUGUUUUUUUCUGAAAUGCUGUCCGUUUUACAGCAGUGAUGUGUUCGGGGUCAUGUGCAGUGCACAGAAUAUUUUCUCAAAGGU